ACGCGAGACACGACACUCGCAACACGAGAAUCAAAUCGAGGAUCAACCCCCUCCUAUAUCAUUUAAGCUGUUACAGAGGGCGUUAGCUCAAUUCAUAGCCUUCCUUCGGGUAGGGUUAAGGCAAGAUGAACAAUGCGGCUAAGCGUGCAGAUUGUUGGUUUGGCGCGAAGAACUAUGGUAGAGCAGUUUAUGAAUGUCUACGUGGUGGACUUUAUUUUACCAAAGAUGAUGAGAAUGUGAACUCCCAACCAUUUAUGCGUUGGAGAGACCGUUUCUUAUUUUGUGCCGAAGCUGUUUAUAAAGCACAGGCUGAAACAGGUGGAAUCAAAGGGCAUUAUUUGAAUGCUACUCCGGGUACAUGCGAAGAAAUGAUCAAAAGAGCUGUAUUUGCCAGAGAAUUGGGAGUUCCUAUCGUAAUGCAUGACUACUUAACAGGGGGAUUCACCGCAAAUACUAGUUUGGCUCAUUCGAGAUAAUGGCCUACUUCUUCACAUCCACCGUGCAAUGCAUGCUGUUAUUGAUAGACAGAAGAAUCAUGGUUUGCACUUCCGUGUACUAGCUAAAGCUUUACGUCUAUCUGGUGGAGAUCAUAUUCACGCGGGUACAGUAGUAGGUAAACUUGAAGGAGACAGAGAGUCAACUUUGGGCUUUGUUGAUUUACUGCGCGAUGAUUAUGUUGAAAAAGAUUGAAGCCGCGGUAUCUUUUUCACUCAAGAUUGGAUCUCGCUACCAUACCACAA